GGUUGUUCCACCCUCCCUGUCUAGCCCUGCUGCUCCGCCUUAUCCUCUUUCUUCUCAGGGACGUUCUCCUGCUAACCAAUUAAAUAACGAGUUACCCGUUGUUCCUGAAAGUGUUAGGAGCGUUGUUCAAGAUUUACUUUCUCGAUCCAUUAUACCUAUUGCCCCUACGGUGCCUUUAACUGAAUCCAUAGAACCCUCCACUACUAGACGAGGUGUUAGAUUUCGUGGAGUUGUAUUAGAACCCGAAGUGCCUGAAGAAGAGACUGAAGAGACUAGACAUUAG